UGUGCAACAUCGAAUUGUGAUUGGUGCAAAAGCCCACACGUGAAAGCGGUAAAGCGUUGGUCCACGUGGUUCCACAGAGAGCAGGAAGAUGGUGCGACUUAAGGCGAGAUAUCUGUUAUGUGAGGUGUGCAUGUCCGAGAGGAGCAUGCUGCGGCUGCUGGAGGAGAAGGAUAUUUUCCAGGCAGUAAAAACAGCAGUGACCACAGCUCAUGGCCAGUAUGGGUUAGCGUUGUUUAACAUAGGUUCUGCAGUGAGGUACGUAAAUGCCUACACUGGGGUGGUCAUGCUACGUUUCCGGAAGGCCCACUAUCAGCUUCUCUGGUCUGCCCUUCCCUUUAUUACAAGUAUCUGGAAGCAAGGCCAGAGGGUGCCGUGCUUUUUUAAUUGCAUUCAUGUUGGAGGUACCAUCAGAACAUGCCAGAAAUUUCUCAUUAGAUACAGCAGACAGCAGCUAUUUCGAAUGCUACCACAUUGCAAAACAGAAGCUGAAAAACAGCAGGUGAGAAAAGCAGUUUUGAGUUGUUCUCUAAACCAACUCAGACAAGACGAUGAUGACGACGACAAUGAUGACUAUGAUGACGACAAUGAUGAUGAUGAUGGAAAAUGAACUGAAGAAAAGACCCAGCUACCAUAGUUGCCAUUCAACUUUCUGUUCAAAAGAGAAGGAUUAUUUGAGUUUAUUGCAUUACAAAAUAAAUUUUAUAUAUAAUUCAG